GUAUUGGAUUUUCAAGGAGUGAGGUGGCAGUUAGAUAUAGAAUGCUUUGGCAUUGGAUAUUCAGCUUCAACUUUGUCAAAUAACCACCACAUGUCCACACCCCGGCCUCCAUUAAUGGCGACAUCUCCAAUCCUCCUCAUCUUCUGCCUCUCUCUCCUCGCCGCUGCCUCAACGACGUCCAAAGCCAUCUCCGCUCACGACGAAUUGAUCAACUACGGCUUCCCCGUCGGCCUUCUCCCCGCCGACAUCGACUCCUACACCCUCAAUCACACCUCCGGCGCUUUCACGGUACUGCUCGGCGAUAAGUGCCGCGUCACGCUGCCUCCGGAUAACUACUUGGCCUCCUAUUCCAAGCGAAUUACUGGUAAGAUCGACGGGAAUCGGAUCGCCGAGCUCGACGGGAUCAGCGUUAGGGCGUUCUUCAAGUGGUGGGGGAUCACUGGAAUCAGAUCCAGUGGCCAGGAUUUGGUGUUCGAGGUUGGUAUGGUCACCGCCAAGUAUCCUUCGAAGAAUUUCGACGUAUCGCCGCCCUGCGAAGGCCUCCGUUCUUCCUCCUCCUAGAGAGAGAUAAUCUAGGUCAUCUCUAACUCUCUCAAUUUUCCUUUAUUGUUCGUAUUAUUGAGUUUCGAUUGAGCAGUUUCUUUUGAUACAGUUUUCUUAUCUUUAGUUAUAUAUGCGUCAGAAGUAGUAGUAUAUUUUAGUCUAUUUUUCCUGCCGUUGCCGCAUCUGUUGUUCACAACGGCUAGCAUGAAUAUUGUUGAUUGUUUUUCAAGUUUUUACUUCGAGCAGCUAUUCAUAACCAUAUGUGUUCGGAGUACUAUGUACUAUACUUUGAGAAAUGAUGAAAAGAUUGAUGUGGCGAUUGCAAAACUUCUUUACUA